CAGGAUACAUUGGAGCAGUGUUAUGGUUUCUAAUGACUCAAACGGAGUUUUUGCUGGUAGUGCAAACAACGUUUAGGGAUUUUUUCUUGAAUAUAGAUAUUUAAAUUGUUGUUCUGAAAAACAGGAUGUGGAGUUACGGAACCUCUGUGGUGUAUGUUUGGCCUGGUUUUGUGUUGGUAGCAUGGACCGUGACGUCUUUCUUAUGCCACGAGUGCGGGAAAUAUUUUUUAACCGGUGCUGAGAUCAUCGUGAGACAGGCUGCCGCCGACAGUGUGUCCAGUCUGUACAUUGUAUCUGCUUUAAUGCUAACAAUUGUACAGUGCAUCACAUGUUUGGUGACCCUGAGGAUCAGCUGGUUGGAAGAUAGGCGACAGAUGGCAUUGGUAGUUGUCACGCACGUGAUGUCAACAUUGGCAACCAAUUACAGCAUGGCUUGCAUAGAGGCAUCGUCCGUGUUUGCCGUAAAACUCCUGGAGCCUGUUACAAUGGCAAUCGCUCACUACGUCUUCAUUGAGCGGGUCAUGAACAUUGAAACUGUUCUAAGCAUACCUGUGAUUAUAGCUGGGACAUUCAUAUUUACAGAUACGUCCAAAAUUGAAUCAAAACAUCUCGUGGGCGUAGUGAUAGCCUUCACGUCAAACAUUCUAAUAACUACCCGAAACAUCGCACUAAAGCUGACCAAAUUCAAAGACACGAUUGAGUUAAAGAAACCAAUUUACGUCACAGCAUUAAUUGCCAUGGAAACAGUAAUUAACGGAGCUGUUAGCUGGAUUAAUUUAAAUGGUAUAUUACCGGUGCCAUUGACUUUUCUUAGUAGUGCAUUGUUCGCCUCAGGCAUUUGCCACGCUAUCUACAAUUACAUUUCACUGUGUCUGGUACUGAAGGUAAUGAAUGUAGUGAGUCACUCUAUUGCCAACAUUUUCAAACGUCUGAUUGUUGUACUGCUACUGUACAGCUGGGGCCAGCGUAAGGCCACUUGGUUCAACUUCUUUGGUUUACUGAUGGCCUCACUUGGUUUGGCCAUCUACGUGUUUGGGAAAGUGAGGAAGCAGAAAACAUCUGCAAUCGCCGAUAUCGAGAGUGCUAUUUUAAGAAUCAUAUCACGCUUUCAGUAUAAGAAGAUGAUUAUGUCUAGUUUAGUGUUUUUCUGUACUCUGAGUUUGUGUGUAAAAUUGACAACAAUAACAACAGAACGCACCGAUGUGAUGAAGGGCGAUAAUCACUGGUUACUGGAGAAAUUCGUGUCCCAGCGCCUUGUUGAUCUCCCCCUAGAGACUAACCUAAGGGCCUUAACUAUGAGAACAACAGAACAUUUCAUCAACGAGGCGCAGCGUGUUUUAAUUAACUUAAUGACCGACAUCAUCGGGACAGCUAACCACGUGAUGUUGAUGGAGAUAGCGACCUACGAGAACAAGGGGGACCCGGCCAUUGCUGCAGGGGAGGUAAUGCUGCUAAGGAAGAUGAACAAGAAAAUCGUUUACUACUGUUCGACGUUUAAAUGCAAAAACAAAGAGGAAAUAACGAAGGCUUUAAACAUAAGCCAACAGUAUAACAUAUCUGAUUUGGUUAUUCUAAUGCAAGGUGGAGGUAACCUGGUGGGUUACCCAUACAUGGACACGGUCCGAGAAACCAUUUUGAAUCAGUUCCCUAACCACAAGACUAUCCUGUUUUCUCAAAGUAUUUGGUUAUUUCCUGACUCAAACAAAAGCCUAGAGAACUGUCAAAAAAUUUACUCCAAUCGUUCUAAUUUGUAUAUGUUUAUUCGGGACAAGCAAUCGUUACAGAUCGCCCAAAACAAUUUUAAAGGCGUUAAAAUAAUUUUAGCACCUGACAUGGCAUUUGGUUUGGGGCAUGUGCCCCGUUCUAUGCCCCCGUACUACGACAUUGUUUGGCUCCGUAGAUCUGACACAGAAUCAUCCAGAUAUAUUCUUCCAGAGUUUCCGAAAAAUAUUUCCGUUCUUGUUUCCGAUUGGUUGGACUGGAAAACGAACGAAGGAAGAAGAGAUAUGGAAACAUCUUUCAUCAUAGCGGAAAGCGGAUUGAGUUUUCUACAACGGGGUAGGAUUGUCGUUACUGAUCGUCUUCAUGGACAUAUUUUGUCCAUCUUAAUGGACACUCCUCAUGUCCUUAUAGACAAUCCUCCAUACUUUAAAUUGUCGUCGUUUGAUAAAACAUGGACGUCAGGUCUAGAGAACACAAAGUUGGUCAACACUGGACAGGAGGCGUUAAAUGAAGCACUGCUCAUGUUACAGAAAUACAACGCGACGUUACCAGUCGUUGGACCUAUAGAUAUGAACGCUUUUUCAUAA